AUGUUGGCUGCAUCUAGUAACCGCCAGCCUUUAUGGCGUUGCCUCAUUUCAUUAUUUUGUCUGAUCCAGUGCAUCGCGGCAUAUCAGACGCUUUCGGAAGAUACACUAAAAUUGCUCCCUCAGCCGGGAAAUGACUUUGACAUCCACGAAGGAAACCUUCUGGCACCCAUACUCCGGACCCGAGUCCCAGGGUCUGCGGGUUCCGCCGCGGUGUUGAAUCAUUUCAAUGACUUUUUCAAGACGAGCCUGCCCGACUGGACUAUCGAGCUACAGAAUUCAACCUCGAAAACUCCAGUGACGGGGAAGAAGGAGGUGCCCUUUGUUAACUUUAUUGCCUAUCGAGAUCCUCCGUGGGCAUCGAAAGGGGACGUUGGGAGGCUGACAUUGGUCGCACACUAUGACAGCAAACUACAUCCCGAGGGCUUUAUUGGCGCUAUUGAUAGUGCGGCGCCUUGUGCUAUGAUUAUGCAUGCCAUGCGGAGUAUUGAUGCUGCCUUGACUAGGAAAUGGAACGAUAUGGAGGCCCAGGGCAAUUUAGAUUCUGGGCUUGAAGCAUAUACUGGCAUUCAAGUAUUUUUUCUUGAUGGGGAGGAGGCUUUUAAUACUUGGACAGAUAGCGAUUCCCUGUAUGGUGCGCGUUCACUAGCUGAAACAUGGGAACGAACACCCCAUUCGUCUAUGUCGAUCUUCAAGACGCCUUUAUCCUCCAUCACUCUUUUUGUGCUUCUUGAUCUUCUGGGAUCGAAAAAUCCCACCAUUCAAUCAUACUUCCCAACAACCCACUGGGCAUAUCAAAGUCUGGCCGAGUUGGAAAGCAGACUUCGAGCUGUGAAACAAUUCAAGUCAUCGCCAAACUACGAAGGAGGGAAAGAAGUCAACGAACCCCAGUGGCUGGUAGAUGCUAAGACCAGCGAACAUUCCCUCAAACCCUGGACGGCUAUUCAGGAUGAUCAUAUCCCAUUUCUGCGACGCGGGGUUGAUAUCCUCCAUAUCAUUGAUACGCCUGGCAGGGCAAGCUUCCCGACUGUCUGGCAUACAAUAAAGGACGACGGUGAACAUCUUGAUAUAGCCACCGUCGAGGACUGGGGUAUGCUUAUGACGGCAUUUGCGGCAGAAUGGAUGGAGCUUGAAGGCUACUUUGGCGAGCCACACAGUACGGAGAAACUUUCUAGUCGGAAAACCGAAUUGUAA